AGAACAGAAAUACGCACUCAGCAGCUAUAGUGCUAAUUUAUAAAAAGUCUAAUAACUUUAUGUACAUCACAAUAAUGCAAAGCUCAGCAAAAUUCUUCAUUUUUUCUGGAUUUAGCGGCGGCGAAAACCGUAACAUUAACCACCACCAGAGGGCGCAAAUGUUACGAAUUUAAAUUUUGAAUUGCUGUGUGUUGUUAAUAGGGUGUUAUAGUGUUUUAAUGACAGAUUAAAUAUCAGAUUUUUGAACCAGUCAGUGUUUAGAUUAAAGUUACGAUCUGAAAAGGUAGCAUAGGCUUAAAUCUUUCUCUUGUUUCCUCAUCAAGGUACUUAACUAUUUCAGCAAUUAUCCAUCUGUGGAAAAGGCAAAUUAAUUUGUUUGAUCAAAAUUAAAAGUCACAGUUUUAUUUAUCAUAAGCAUUGUCUGGAAGAGACAUCCGUGCAAUGAAAUGCUUGUGGUGAAGUUCAAAUAAUUGCACAUACAAUCACAAUACAAAAUACAGAAAUGUAAUUGGGGAGAGGGGGAGAAGAAAAACUAGUAAAAAAAUAAGUAAAACGAGUAAGGGAAUAACCCAGGAUUAAUUAAAGCAGAUCUUGUAAAAACAGUGAGAAAGACCAGGUGGCUAUCAAUGUAAUAAAAUGACAAGUGCAAUAGUCUAUGUUACAGAUGCAGUAUUUAGUGCAAAUAUAAUAGUCACAAGUAGACUAGCAACAGUGACUGGAAAUAUUAUACAGUACUGGAGUAGAGUAGUCUAAUGGCCUGUGUGUAAAAACCACAGGCUAGUAGUCCGUGUCUGUAUGCCUUCUAGACGGUAAUCUGAUAAAAGCUUAGAGGGUGGAUGACUAGAGUCAUGUGGUAUCCUGAGAGCCUUCUUCAGGCAUGGUGAGUGGUCUGAAUUAAAAAUGUUUUAGGGUUUGUCACACACUACAAAUUAUCCACAUCGAGUUUAAUGGUAAUAUUUUUUACGUUGCACGUAUAAUACGAACAAAGCGUUCAUAUACUAUUAUAUUUUAAAACAUGUACAUGUGGGGUGGGAUAGUGAUCCAUUCCUCCAUGCCUGUGUCGAAUACAUGUUUUCUCAGCGUCGUGAGAGUUUCCUCUAUAGUUAUCCUGAUGCCCAGUGCUGACCGUGUCCAAAAUAAGCUGUUGGUGACCGAAUAUUUUAGUUGUGGUAUAAGUCAUGAUGCAUUAUCCAUGAUAAUUAGCUGCUAUUUUCUAUAGAAGAUUCUGAAGUGAAAUUAAAUCUCGUGUAUGGGUGUAGCCGGGGUUAUCAUAGCUCAUUAACAUUUUUGAAAGAAAAAAAGAUACAUGGCCUCAUUAAAAUUACACAAGUUCAUGUCAGUAAACAAGACGAAAUUACACCGAGUCAUUAAACAUCAACGCUCACGCAAAAGAUACGCAAGUUGUUUUGCGUAACCUCACUCAUCUGUUAAGGGGUGAUCCGUCAAAAGCCAUUACGUAAUGUUUCAAGAAUACCACUCACUUUCUUUUGUCGUUGUUUAAAACACCGUGCAAAGAUAACUCACCUGAAAUUUCAGCGUUGACGUAUAACUAAGUAAUCUGUUACAUCAUCCAUUCAGCUGUUACAGAUCUGUGUCGAUAAGAUAAAAAUUAUGAUAUAGUAAUUCAUUAGCUACUCGGACUAACUUUUGUGGCGGACGAAGAAACGCGGGGUGUUGCGGUGAUAUAUAUUCUACAACGCAGGCAGAAGAAGUUGAUAGCUAUUGUGUGGGCUGGCGAGUGGGCUUGAGUAUAUUGCUAGGACGGUUUGUACGCCGUGACAUUUAGCAAAAGGCUAUUUGUUGGUGUACCGUACCCACAAAGGAGCAUACGCCCGUCCCUCCACAGGAAACCCAUGAACAGUUACGAGUGUUUCUGUUAGCCGGCUAACCGCCGAGAAGAGCAUACCUGUCCUAUGAGUCUGUGAGGAUAUGAGCCUGUUCGAAACCGGUGUUGUGUAGCGGUGCUGUCUGGCGGCGGGCACGAAGAAACCCGGACUAUGCGAUAUAGAAGUCUGGCUGUGGACAGGGAUGGUCGGGGUGCUGAAUGCGGACUCUCAUUGUCACGGCGGGUCUGCUCGCUGUCUGUCCUGCAGCUGCCCUCAAAUGACACAGCUAAUUAGGUCGACAUUAGUCGUGCACAGCCAGAGGUAGUAGCGAGCGAAGGACACCGCCUUUUUAUUUUUUGUUUUUGUAUUUUUGGGUCAGUGUUUUUAAACCUGUAUCUCCUUGGCCACCUUACGGGUUUAAGCGCCGGGGUAAUUAUGAGCGCGUUCUCGGUGGCGGAGCGCUGUCACCAGGCCGCGGGCACUGAUCCGCGCGUCCGCUUCGCCGCCGACGGCACCAUGUAGCCCCGACGUAUCUAUUCGAAGUGCCUUUUGCUUUUUGGGCUCGACGAGGGCGACCAACCUGCAAACCAAGUCGCCGAUGUGGGUCAGGGGAUAAUGACAGCUGACACGUCUUUCCCCUGGUGCCAAUAGCGGCCAUGCGUAGUGGCCGGUUGCAGCUUGCAGAGCUUGAUACGGCGUCAGUGACACUCGGAUCCAAACAAAAAGGAAUAAACUGUAUAAUACUGCACCGGAGAGAAGGGCAUCGCCUGCUUAUCUAGCCGGACCGCCUUCAUGGAUGUGAUGGGAUGGCCCCGUCAGCCCCCAGCAUGCGAGCAAAGUGAAUUCAUAUUCAGAUUUUUGUGCAUUUUUGACCCAAAUAAAACAAACCUUGACUGAUGUCCUCAUUUAGCACGGUGGAGUUAAAAUGGCACUAACUAAGAUAACGACGCGUUGCUGAAGGUAGCUGCAUCGUAAAGGCAUUUCAGUUUUUGUCUGAUGUUCGCUUCACGGCUACAACAAAUUCUGGCCACAUAUUGAAAACAUUUCAUAUCAACACCUCGGACUGCGCCGCCGGACAUGGAGGCGGUCGGGGACUUUGAAUACAGCCGAAAGGACCUGGUUGGUCACGGAGCUUUUGCCGUGGUGUUCAAGGGGCGCCACAGGAAGAAGACUGACUGGGAAGUGGCAAUCAAGAGCAUUAACAAGAAAAAUCUGUCAAAGUCUCAGAUCCUGCUGGGCAAGGAGAUUAAAAUUCUAAAGGAACUUCAGCAUGAGAACAUCGUCGCUCUCUACGAUGUGCAGGAAACGCCUAACUCUGUGUUCCUUGUCAUGGAGUUCUGCAAUGGAGGGGACCUGGCAGACUAUCUGCAAGCCAAGGGCACCCUGCGGGAAGACACUCUGCGUGUGUUCCUGCAGCAGAUUGCCGCCGCCAUGAGGGUUCUCAACAGCAAGGGCAUCAUUCACCGCGACCUCAAGCCACAGAACAUCCUGCUGUCCUACGUGGGCCGCAGAAAGUCCAGCCUGAACGGCAUCCGCAUAAAGAUUGCCGACUUUGGUUUCGCCCGCUACCUGCAGAGCAACAUGAUGGCAGCUACAUUGUGCGGCUCCCCCAUGUACAUGGCUCCCGAAGUAAUCAUGUCACAGAAUUACGAUGCCAAGGCAGACCUGUGGAGCAUCGGUACGGUGAUAUAUCAGUGCCUGGUGGGCAAGCCCCCCUUCCAGGCCAACAGCCCCCAGGACCUGCGGAUGUUCUACGAGAAAAACAAAACUCUGAUCCCCAACAUUCCGCGGGAGACUUCACCGCAUCUGGAAGUCCUUCUACUCGGCCUGCUGCAGAGGAAUCAGAAGGAUCGCAUGGAUUUCGACACCUUCUUCAGCCAUCCUUUCCUGGAGCCGACGUCCACCAUGAAGAAGUGUAAGUAUGAUGCCUGCCCGGUGCCUGUGCCCAGCUGCCCUGGCUCUGCGCCGGACAGCUCCUAUGGCAGCUCCCCGUCCUGCCGCUACGUCUCUCCCCCGUCCCUGCCGGACAUGCAGACGCUGCCUGAAGACGUUCUGUCCUCGCCCCCCCUCGGCCCCCCCAGCUACUUACACCUAUCCAAAGACUCUGGCGGCAGCACCAGCAGCAAGAACUCCAGCGACACCGACGACUUUGUGCUGGUUCCUCACCUCUGCGCUGAGCAGUCCUGUGACAUGCCAAUGGGGGCAACCGGCCGUCGGCCUUCCAGUGAGUUCCUCCUGUGUGGGGGGCUGCCGCAGCCAGCCCCCGGACAGACGCCCGCUGUGUCCCCCCGCGCGGAGACCACACCCAUCCCGGUGCCCACCCAGGUGCGCAACUACCAGCGCAUCAAACAGAACCUGUCGAGCAGCCCCACCAGCACACAGUACGGCUCCCCAAGGACCGGCACUGUGCGCCGCUCAAACACCAGCCCCCUGGGCUUCCCCAAGCUGGGUGCAGUCGCAGCCUCCCCCAGCCCCGGCGAUGUGGCGCAGGCUGUGGGCCGUCGCCUGUCUGUGGGCUGCUCGCGGCCCUAUUCACCCUCACCCCUGGUUGGCACCAUCCCUGAGCAGCUGGGCCAGGCUGAGGAGAGCCACAGCCGGAGCUCAUCUGCAGGCUCUCCCAUGCCACAGUCUCACAUGAUGGGCCCCCGUCUCCAGAGUGCCCCCACCCUGACUGAUGUGUACCAGAGCAAGCAGAAACUCCACAAGCAGCUCUCAGAGCCCGUGUACCCCACUGCCACGGCCUGCCCCAGCAGCCACUCGACGCAGCUCUGCCGUCCCGGCAGCCUGGGCACCUCCCCCACCAAGCACCUUGGCUCCUCCCCCCGCUCCUCUGAUUGGCUGCAGAAAUCUCCGCUUCCCACUAUCAUUGGCUCUCCUACCAAAACGUCGGCACCUUUCAAAAUCCCCAAAACACAAGCCUCCUGUAACCUGCUGGCCCUGGCAUCUCAGCCGGGCAUCGCUGACAGCCCCACGGCCAGCAGAGUGCCACCGGGCCACGCCCACCACUGCUCGCCAUGCCCGGCCCCCCGGCAGCUGGCCCCAGAACCCAGCAAGACCACCUUUGGCAGGUCCGUCAGCGCUGGCCGUCUCUCAGAGCAGCCUGUCAGGAUCACGCUGGAUGGGCAGCCAUACCAGGGCAGCACAGACAGCCUGAACACAGAGAGGCCGAUGGACACGGCCCCGGCCGGAACAUGUGGGUUGCCCCCGGGGGGGGCAAGCCCCCGCACAGUACUGUUCACGGUGGGCUCCCCCCCGAACAGCAUCACGCCACCCACCUGUAGCCACCUGGGCUCCCGGCCACGCACCACCUCAGUUGGCUCCAAUAGUUCGGCUGGGUCCCUGUGCUCCACCAGUGGCCGUGUCUACAUGGGUUCCCCGCCUGGCAUGGCCUUGGGGGGCUCUCCACCAGGGGGGGCUGAGGCGGCCCCCAGCAGCCUGCGCUAUGUCCCCUAUGGCACGUCCCCUCCCAGCCUAGAGGGCUUCAUCACCUUCGAGGCCCCAGAACUCCCCGAGGAAACACUCAUGGAGCGCGAGCACACUGACACACUGAUGCACCUGCGCAUGAUGCUGUCGUUCACGGACUGCGUGCUGGAGAUCGCGGCAGCGCGGCCCGGCGGGCCGGAUACCGGUGCCUGCGGCUCGCUGUACCCGCCGCAAGACAGCGUGGUGGUGGACCAGAUCAGCCAGCUCAGUAAGGAAUGGGGGCAGGUGGAGCAGCUGGUCCUCUACAUGAAGGCGGCCCAGCUGCUGGCGUCCUCCCUGCACCUGGCCAAGGCCCAGAUCAAGUCGGCCAAGCUGAACCCGUCCAGUGCCGUGAAGCAGGUUGUGAAGAGCCUGAACGAGCGAUACAAAAGCUGCAUCGCCUUGUGCCGCCGCCUCACUGAGCGCCUCAACCGCUUCUUUGCCGACAAGCAGCGCUUCGUGGACGAGAUCAACAGUGUGACGGCAGAGAAGCUCAUCUACAGCCACGCCGUGGACAUGGUGCAGUCUGCGGCCCUAGACGAGAUGUUCCAGCAGACGGAGGACAUAGCAUAUCGCUACAACAGAGCAGCCAUGCUGCUUGAGGGCCUGUCCAAGAUCCUUCAGAAUCCUGCGGACAUCGAGAAUGUCAACAAAUAUAAGGCCAGUGUGGAGCGCCGGCUGUCAACGCUCUGCUACUGCACCGUGACUCUAUACGAGUAGAGGGGGCGCCCUCCCAAUCGGACCAGCCAGCUCCCCGGACAGGGACCACAGUGUUCUACCUGAACAACCACAGGAAAUCCAAGGACACUUAGCGGGAAGCCCCUGCUUCCUCCUGUAGCAGCUGAAGCACUUUGAUGUUUUUUGAAGUAUUAUAGACUAUUUUAUUUUAUUUCAUGGACUGAGUGAUAAGAAAGAUGGAAGUCAUUACCAAAGAUAAUGCAGAUCGAUAAAGACUGACAAAGAGAGAAGCCUAAACUGGUACCAAGGGUCAGGAUGCUGGACUCCGUGCUCACGUGUGACGUCAGGGAGGUGGGAGAAAGUGAGCAGAACGAGGAGGCGAAUUAGACAUUAACCACACUGACCUGUCAAAGAGUCGCGUGCUUUUUCAAAGUGAAACUAAGUGAUGCGUGUUCAUUACUGUUUUUACUUUAUUGUCGCUAUUAUUUAUUGUUCAGGGUUAGAUGCUGUUAGAUUUCUCUCAACUGUUCGCCGGGCACGGUGUGAUACGGGCUGAUGAGGCCAUUGCAGGAUGAGACUCAUGAACCUGCAAUCACAUGCCCAAAAGAGGAAACAAGAGUGUCUGUCUGUAGAAGGCAUCAUUUGUUCGCAAAAACACUUAUAAAUACACUUAUAAAAGUGCAUAUAUAUUUAUAUGUACGCUCCCCCACAGUGUUGAAUGGAAGUGAGGGAAAUGUCCGGAAGGCCUCGAGCACGCAGGCCUGGAACCCUCACAACCAAUGGGGUGCCCUCAGGGACCCUUCUGCUCAGAGCCACAGCGCCCCCCUGUGUACCGUAAUGUCUGUGGGCAGCCUGAAAGACUGGCUGUCGCGCCGGAUCCUGUGCAUUGCCAGUCUUCCUCGUUCUGCAGAGCCGGGAGGGACUGUUGCUCAGUCGGGGCAGCGGACUUUGUGAUUAACCUCUGCAGCAACGGAAGGCAGCUAACGCCUGUCAAAGACUGACGCUGCUGUCCGGGCUCCAAAGCCCCCACGGCUAAUAAGGAAGUCAAAUUACUUGAGUAGUUUACUUAAGUUUAAUUUUAUUAUUUUUUUAUUUUAAUAUUAACUGAUUUUUUGAGGAAAUUCGCAGUUUGCAAAAUGUAAAUAUUUGUAUGUCGUGCAUGUGAUUUAUUAUUGUCCUCCCAGAAUGUGUGAGGGCGGAAACACUGAAUGGUGCCAUUGGUUGCCCUGCCUGUCAAUCAAGGAGCACAAGCCGUUUUAUACGUCGAUUUCUUACUGCCAUAUUCUCUCACUUGUAUGUUAUCUGCACUUCUGCAGACCACGUCUCGCGGUAUGCUGUGUUACCCGAGAGGGAGAUGACUGGGGAUGAAAGCCGAACAAUUAAAAACUGCUUUUCUCAGUAAUGGCAACGCCGAGCAACCAAUUAGCCGUCACGUUUCCCACGUCUCUGUGAGCACAGUAGUUCAUGAACUAUGUGAUGCAGGAACAGGCCAGUUCGGAGCUUAAUUAAACAGGAGAAACUGUUUUAAGAGA